AUGGCGUCCGGCGGUAUUCAACAGGCAGUCUAUCAGCAAGCGCCCUCCUUUCCUCAACACGGUCAUUCCAAUUCCCUGAACGCCUCUUUCCCUCAAGCCCCUCCUCUAGGAACGUAUGAAGCUCAUUCUGUCGCUUCUACUCCUGCUCCCACCCCUCCACCACCUCGACCUGUCUCUCAACAACAGCAACAACAGCAGAUGGUCUAUAAUAUGAACGGCGCACCUCCUAUCGCCAAUGGCGGCCCCAUGAUGCAAGCCCCUAACUCUUUUGCCGGUUACGCCGACCAGAACGUCUAUGCGCAGCCGAACCUCUAUACCAAUGGAUUCAAGCCUCCACAGAUUUAUACUGCGGUUUAUUCGAACGUUUCGGUCUUUGAAAUGGAGGUUAAUGGUAUCGCCGUAAUGCGACGUCGAGCCGAUUCCUGGCUGAAUGCGACUCAAAUUUUAAAGGUUGCAGGCGUAGACAAGGGCAAGCGAACCAAGGUCCUUGAGAAAGAAAUUACUGGGGAGCAUGAGAAGGUUCAGGGUGGUUAUGGCAAAUACCAAGGCACAUGGGUCAAUUAUCAGCGUGGCCGCGAGUUUGCCAGGCAGUAUGGGGUUGAACAAUCACUCCUCCCUUUGUUAGAAUACGACAUUACUUCUGACGGUAGUCUUGGUAUGAACCAUGGGAUCGAAACUCCGACCAAAGAACAAGCUAUGGCUGCCCAGAGAAAACGAAUGUAUGGUGGUGAUGGACGACCUUUGACUCAAUCUGCUGGAGGCACCUUCUUCAAAAAUAUGUCCAAUACAGCGGCGAAUGCCAUACAUGCACUCAACCGGACUCGACUUGAUUCUCCCGGUCAGUUGGAUGGUCGUCGCUCUGUUGGGCCUCGGCGACAGUCACAAACAUUCUACGGUCAAGACGCACUCUACGGCCAAGGAGCAAGUCAACAGAGUAUGCAAAGUAUGACUUCACAGGAUAGCUUCGGGACCAAUGGUGGAAUCAUGAGCCAGAAUGCAAGCUUUGCUGAUUUCCCUCAGCCAGAUGGGCAAGAGCCUCCACGCAAACGAAUCCGACCAUCCCCUCAAACAUCUUUCAUCGGUAAUCCCUACGAAGCAGCCAUGGAUCUUACUCUUCAGGAAGGAACUCCCACUGAACAAGUAUCAUUCUUCUCCCAACCCAGCCAAUCUUUUAUGAUGACUUCGAAUAUUCCCUACGGUAUCGAGCCACUUCCUCCUGUUUCAGGGGCACUUGAGGAACAAAAGAAAGAACUCCUUCUAGAUCUUUUUAUUGACCCUUCCAGGACCGAUUUCGAUGAUCAUCCAGCGUUUCUUCGCCUUAGUGGUGAAGAGUUUGAGCUGCCUAUUGACGGUUCGUGUAAUACUGCGUUGCAUUGGGCUGCUACAUUGGCUCGAAUUGCAUUGGUGAGAAAAUUACUGGAAAAAGGAUUCAACAUGAGACGUGCAAAUAGUGGUGGCGAAACAGCUUUGAUUGCAGCUUGCCAAGCGCGCAAUAACCUCGAUCGAAGCACAUUUCCACAGCUGCUCGAACUUUUAGGGUCUAGUAUCGAAGUCAGAGAUGGCCGCGGGAGAACACUUCUCCAUCACAUCGCGGUGUCGUCUGCGAUGAAAGGACGAGCCGCUGUAGGCAAGUACUACCUCGAGUCCUUGCUAGAAUACGUUGUCCGACAGGGCAGCUCCGCGCCGAACUCGAUGGCGUUCGAGGGAAUGCAUGGAGCAAACGGCUCAACACAACCGGAUGCCAUGACAUUGGCUAAAUUUAUGACGGAGAUUGUCAAUGCACAGGACCGGGCAGGUGAUACUGCGUUGAACUUGGCCGCCCGAACCAGCACCACUUCGAUCAUCGCUCAGCUGGUCGAGGUUGGUGCGGAUCCUAACAUAAUGAAUCGAGGUGGACUGGCCCCGUCAGACUUUGGAGUAGGCAACCAUACCAACGGGGAAUUGCAUGAUAACAGCAUAGCGCUGUUUGAUCAGGCAGCACCUACCAAUAACUCAUCCCAGAAGUCAUACGAGGAAGCUCAAGAAGGCCUUAUGACUUCAAUACGAGAAAUCCUGUCGCAAUCCGAAGCCGAUUUCACUUCCGAGAUGAAGGAGAAAAAAGAAAUCCUAGACAAGACGAACGCGGCACUGAAAGAAUCUGGCAAUUCGCUGGCGGAAGAAAGACGACGAUUGGAAGAAGUGCGCAGUACGGUAAUGGAGAAGGAAGAGCUCGAACAAAAGGUGCAAAAUUUACGGCAAGCUACUUUCAAGCUACGAUCAGAAUUGCAAUCUGGCGAAACGCCGACGACGAUUCAAGCGGACGUGCCGGUGGGAGAGGCUGAUAAAGGACUUGACCUUGGUGGCCAACUUCCUUUGAUUACGCAGUUGUUCCCAUCGGAGAUGGAUGACCCCAGCAAUAUGGUUUUGAACCAGGACCAAGCCAAUUUCCUGGCAUGUCUAGAGCGGGCAGAAGUGUUGUCUGGGCGCACCCAGGUAUAUCAACAGCAUAAUCAGCAACUGGAGGCGACAGCGAAAACGCUCAAGGCUCGAAGUGGAGAACUGGAGGAGAGAUACAAACAAAUAGUAAGUUUAUGCACAGGUGCCAGCGAGAGUCAAGUGGAUGGACUGUUGGACGAACUGGUGCAAGCGGUAAUCAGUGAGCAGAAGGACAACAAUCUGGAGCUUGGAAAGGUGCGAAAUUUCCUACGAAUGGUACAAGGAUCGGGGAAUUAA